AUGGAGAGGAAAGCCCUUCCUUCUUUCCUGGAUGAGGUCAAAUGUAUCGACAUAGCGGCUCCUAUCAGCCACGAUGAGGACCUGGGAGAAGCCUACGAGCGAGUCGGAAUCCGGCUUCCUACCGGCGCCUUCACAUAUGCCCCUUGGUCAUCCAAGAGGGGCAUGUGGCCAAGUGUGAGUCUGGAGAACAUCAGAGGCAUUUUUCGAGUCGCAGUAUCUGGCGCGGGCAGAGGCGAGCCCGGAGGUAACUUUGAUGCCCAGCUGUUAGCUGUGGUGAGCUGUGAUGGAGGAUCCACGCAGAGGCGCCCUCUUCCUAAUCGAUCCGAACAUGAUCCUGAUUUUCAGACCUACGGUGGCAAGAAAGUCCUUUACUUUGAUGUUCUGGAUGAUCCUAACAUCAAGGAGAGGAGAGCUGAAAUCCAGCGAUGUCGCGAAAAGGGCGACGAACAACGUAGAAGAUAUGAGGAGGCCGACAAAAAGUGGGAAGAAGAGCGAGAGCAAAGACUCUUGCAGGCACAGCAGGAGGAGGCGAAGCCGAAGCUCAGCAAGAAGGCGAAGCAGAAAGCUCGACAAGCACUGAAGAAAGGCAUAAAGCCUGGGAUAGAGGAGCAGAAGGAACAAGUUGCAGACAAAGCGGACGACGAAGCAAACGAAGGGGAAGACUCCGAGCAGGAGCGGCUCCACAAGCAGCGCCAAGCGGAGCGGCGCGCCAAGAUAGAGGAGGACCUAAAGCAAGAGAAGGAACAAGAUUCGCACCGGAAAAAGUUGGAAAUGGCCGAGGCGAAGCGUCAAGCUCAAGAGGAAGCGAACCGAAUUGCAACCAUGAAGACGCUGUUGCAGAAGGUGCAGUCCUCGUUGCCCACCUCUGCCGGAGCCUCAAGCCCCGUAAUGUCCGGGAACGGAUAUGCGGCCCUGGGAACCCCUUGGCAUAGGUUUUGUGUUGGCGGGUUUGCUGGAGCAGAUUCGUGUGUGCCUUUGUCUGUGCCUCGCAGCACAUGUUGA